CGGUUAGUUUUUCCGAGGAUUGAUCGCGAAGAAGGUCGAUUUUUUGCAUAGUGUACAAACAAAAAGUGGUGAAAAGAAGAUCACUCUAGGAUUACCGUGCGAUAGUGCUCGAGGCGAUAAGGUCAGAGCUCUACGACCGCCGUAGCAGCAGCAGCAGCAGCGGAUGUGGCGAGUAAAACCAGGCAGCAUCGAGGAUCUUGAUCGUUUCGAGAUAAGCACGAGAAAUUGAGAGCAUCAGUGAAUGCUUAUUUGGCAAGAUGGCCGGCGAAGUAUCACAACAACAACAGCAACAGCUGCUGCAGGAACUGAGCGAUAGUUUAGAGUGUCAGAUUUGUUUGAAGACGACGGACGAUCCGCACCUUUGUCCCAAGUGCUCCAAGUUUUUCUGCUAUGGCUGCAUUCGGGAUUGGCUGCAAAAGUCCGGAAACGACACGUGUCCAAACUGUUUGGGCACGGUCUGCCUGGCGGACUUUGUGAAAUUUCGUUGGGGCAAUGGUAUCGAAUCGCUAAGAAAUUUAGUGGCAAAACCAGUGGAAUCCUCGGCGGGUGGUGUUAAAAAUUUGCAAGGCACUUUGCGAAAAACACAGGAUUCGUUUGCUGCUACCACGGAACGAAUCAAUCGGAGCCUGGAUGGCCGGAGGGAUGCGUUGAAAAAGUCCAAGGACGGAAUCAUCAAAUCGAUCAACAUUCUAGUGCAGCAAGAGUUCCGGGAUGUUAACCAGCAGUACCAAGCCAAGCUGGCCGAGUUGGAUGCUUGGAGUGAGAUUCUCUUCAAAGAGCUGAACAAGCUGGAUGUGUCGCUGUACACUCUGCAGGAGAGCAUUUCCCAGGAUCCGGCUCCGGAAGUGCAGCUGCAACUGGAAACCCAGUGCCAUGUGCUGGGCAAGAAGCUCGAGCUGCUGGCACCGAACGUCCCGGAACAUAAGUUUUACUGCAAGAUGAUGCCGGCACCGACGGUGUGGCGUUUUACGGUGAGGAAUUUCAAUCAGGCUCGUAUGGGCAACCAGGUGCAGUAUUCGGAUCUGGUGCGGGAUGACCUGGGCAACACGUGGCGGCUGGAGAUCCAUCCGAAUGGGUUCGAUGACGCACGGAACCGGAGCGUCAGUGUGUUUUUGCAGCUGUACGAAGGAGUGGAGGGAAGGUACCACUUCACCAUCGAGCUACCGCACCGUGCCCGGCCGCAUUCCUACGAGGAUGAAGAUUUCUUCCAGCUGCGCAAGGGCUGGGGCCAAAACCACUUCGUUGACCUCAAACUGCUGCUGGACGACUUUGUCGAGAACGAUUCCUUCGAGAUACGGUUCUCCGUUCGAUCGCCGCAUUUAAUCGAAAAGUACGACUGCCUGCGGAAAUACGCUGACAAACUGGAGCGAUGCAAUUCCGCUCUUCGAGAAGAGUGUGUCGUAGACUGCAUCAACGAGAUCUGCUGCAUUCGGAACGUGACGGAGGCAUGCAACAACUACAGUUGUCUGUAUUCGGACACCUUCCGGGAUGACCUUGGUGGAUCGUGGAGACUUCAGGUCUUCCCCGGGGGAAAUGGUGAAGUCAAAGGGAUGUUUGCUUGUAUAUUUUUGGAACUGGUCGAAGGAAUUCCUAACAUGUACGAAUUCUCCGUGGACCUCAUCAACGAGUCCCCGAAAAAGUGCAUCAAAAAGUCGCUGGAGCACACCUUCCAACCGUGGAUGCCUUUCGGUUGGAAGAAUUUCGUCUCCCGUGAGGAACUACUGGACGGAGGAUUUCUCAAGAAGGACGCCUUGAUGAUCCGGCUAGCGGUGCGACCACCCACCGUCGGCCACAAGUUCAACUACCUCCGGCAGUAUCACGACAAAGCAAUUAGGGACCUAACGCAGCAGCAGGCUCAAAGCAAAGCUGGGUCCUCCUCGUCGCCGCUGAUUUCCGCCAAGACCUUCGAGGCUCCGAUAAGUUUCUUCAAGAAGAUGCUUCCCAGAACGCCCAGUCAAGAGCAGGGAACUCCUCCCAAGUAAAUCACACAGGUAAAUCAGAAUAAAUGUAACCGAA